GCAUUUUGAGUAUGUUCUGUAAAAUGGCCAUAAAAUUAUAAUUAUUUGGUAUAGACCAAUGACCAACUUGGUAGAGUGAAAGUAUAUUUGGCAAUUAAUAUAAUUUUAACCCAUACUCAAUGAUUGAGUUAUUGACAUUUGCUUGGGUUAACAGAGUAUUUUUGGCUCACCCUGUAGUUUCAAUUUCCAAGGAAAUAUUAGGCAUGGGUGUUCAACCUCUAAUAUAAAUAAGUAUACAAAAUAAGUAAAUAAAAAAUCAUAAAUGUUUCAACUACUCAAUCGUUCGUCGUAAAAACUAUAUGUUCAAACCCUGCAAGGAUGUUAACUAUAAUUCUAUAAUUUCGUUUCACCAGUGUGAUGUUGACAUUUAGACAGCACCCAUUGAACAUGGCGACUACUUCGAUUUUUAUUCUAUUGUACAUUUUCUCCAUUAUCUCCGAUGCAAAUGGUAUUACUCAUUGGUUUGUUACAGAGGACGGAAGAACACAAGCCCAGGUUGAUUCGUAUCUUGAUAUGCGUCAUCCUGAUGACUUGGUUGCCUGGAUGAAGCAAUAUGAGCGAAAUAAAGUUGUCCACAGCCUCAAAGAGGAGUUGAUUAUACAAAAAGAAAGGAUUGAUGCUAAUGAAGAUAAGGACACAGGUCUUGAGAAGAGGUUUUACAAGUCUGACCCAGAUUGUCAGAUAGCUGGGAAGCCCCUACCAGAACAUGAUCUCUAUAUCACAACAGUUCUACCACUCACUAAUAAAGGCAUUAAGGCCCAUGAACACAUCAACUUUGACGCCCCUCCCAGUAAGAGGCCACAGCUGCCUGACUGUACCAAAGUGAAGAAACUUGAAUUUACUAUGCAUGGGUUUGAACACCUGGAGGCUAUCCAGCAGCGUGAAAAUCUGACUGGUACUCCUGAGCUUGGUCUUACUAAGGCUAUCCCCCAACUUGACACUGAUGUGUAUGGGGACCUUAUACACCAAGCAAUGCAGAAGAAUAAUACGUCGUGGGUCUUGUUUAACAUGGCGGCAUUCUUCUGGCGUAUCAAGGGUGAUUCAUUCCAUGUUAUUGAAUGUGUUCGGAGGGCAUUGCACUACUCUCCAAGCAUUCACAAAGAUAUAGCUCUAAUUAGUCUAGCUAAUGUUCUCCAUAGAGCACGUUAUUCAAAGGAGGCAGCUAUUGUUGUAACAGCUGCGCUGGAGAUUUCCAGAGAGCUUAAUGUCAAUCACUUUACUCUGGGAAAUAUAUUUGCAGUACUUGGGGAGUAUAACAAAUCUGUAGCAUGCUAUGAGAAUACAUUACGAAUACAACCAGACUUUGAAGCAGCCAAGAAUAGGAUGCAUGCUGUGCUCUGCCAUGCCAAGCUGGAAAAAGCCUUGGAGGCACAACAUCAAUCUCUCCAGCGCACACUAAGUGAGUUAAAGGACUACCAGAAGAAGCAUGAGUACUGGCAGCAGGAGAGAGAUAAGUACAUAUCAGAGCAGGCUGACCCUGCCACCAAAGAGCUCUCUGAGGCAGUAUAUCGAGAGAUACGCUACAAAGAGAACAUACGACCAAUAGGUGAGUUCUGUCACAUCAAGCUGGUGCGCAACAAGGAGACGUAUGACUGCAGUCUGAGAAACAGGCCGGAUGCCCAGUAUACAAAAUGGAGAUCUAGAAACCCUCAUAUUGUUAAAGAACUGGAGCCCUGGAGUAUUGAAGAUAUCCACAAUGCGUUGAAUAGGCAAAAUGACUCUGAAUAUAAGCCUAAUAUCCCUGAGCCCACAGUAGACUAUGCCAAACCUAUAAAACCGCCUUUGUAUAAUGGAAAAACUUCAAAAGAACCUGAGAGUGACUCCCUACUAUUUAAAGACAAAGACUGGCCUAGCAAAGAUGAAUGUGAUCGCUAUGUGCAAAAAUUCCCAUCCUGGAAUGAGUUUCCUACCACAUACUUACCUCCUGAAAACAAAGGCUUUGAGGUUGUUGCCUUAUUGAAUGAUGCCCAGGGAUUAAACCCUGAAGAGGAACAUCCGUUGCCAUGGUACCCACCUGUUUGUGUCACAAUAGAGGAUAUCCCAGAAGGCAAAAGGGCGGGAGAUGAUAUUCCUGCAGUGAAAGAUCGCACAAAAGUGCUAAAACUUUAUGAUAGCAGCAUGAAAGAGAACCUACUGAAGAUGAUACCUAUCUCUGAGACAUAUCUAACUAGAGAGGCUACUGCUGAAGAGGUGGGACAGAGAAUCCUUACAGCACUUCAAGAAAAAAUUGGUCCCAAGUGGAUUCUGUACAACCUUGCAGGAUUAUACUGGAGGGUAAUAGGUAACUGUUAUCAUGGUAUUGAGUGCCUGAGAAGAUCCCUGCAGUUUGUGCCCCCUCAGUACAGAGAUGUACCUCUUGUCAAUCUUGCAAAUAUUCUCUACAAGUGGGGCCGUGUGGAGGAUGCCAUCCGUGUGAUGAAAGAGGCCCUUGCAGUGAAUGAUCAUGAGCCAACUACUCAUUUCUUCCUUGGUAAUUUAAUGUCAGCUAAAUCCAACAUGACUGGUGCAAUAUGGCACUUUGAGGAGGCAUUGAACCAAGACAGUAAAAACACUGAGAUCUAUGCUACCCUUAGGAUUGUAAAGUGCUAUCAGAAGUUCCACCAGGCAAAGACAAGUGCAGCAAAGACUGAGGUGAAAGAAGAAGCAUGUAAACAUGGAACAGCUGCAGAGAGAGAAAGUCGUAUUGUAUGCAAGAAUGAGAAUGGUCAAGAGAAGUGUAUGGUUGAAACACGUACAAGGGCACGUAAAGAAUGUAAUGGUGUCUGCACACAAAGCUGUGUUAUGCCAGCCAACAAAGGCUCACCUUGUAUGGGCGGCAACAUCCCUAAAUGUGUUCCCUCUGAAAAGCUGAGUGAAAUUACAGAGUUCUAUAAGAAACAAGGCCUGUGUAGUGGCCAAGAGUGCAAAAUAGAGCACCCAAAUCAACGUCCACAUAUAAAACUAGAGUAUCAUGAAGGCUUGAUCCAUCAGAAACUUGUGUUUACAAGUAAAGAUGACAUUAUAGUCAUGGACGAUGACUGUGUCAUAUUCAAUGAUGGUACCAAAACUACAGGGUGUGAGAAGAAAGAGUAUCAACCUCUGGAAGAACAGCUUGCUGAAUUUGCUAAGAAUGUUGAUGAGCUGGAGAAACUAUUGAUGAAACAUGAAGAACAGUGUAAAGAUGAUGAGAAUUGUGCCAAAUUGCCAAAGUCAACCAGUUUUACCUCAUCCGCUAAAGGAGAAAAAUCCACUCCAGAUGAUGAGAAAACUGACUCUAAAAACAAUGAUGAAGAUGAUGAUGACAACCUGACAUUCCUGAAAUACAACUACGAAGAUGAUUCAUACAAUGAUGACAGCCCAAGUCAGAUCAGUGAUGAUAUACAGUUAAAGGAUGAUGCCAGUCAGACUAUAUAUGGAAAGGUUAAAUAUAGCACACAUAAUGAAGCAGUGGAUGAUGACCUCCCUGAUGUUGAUACAAUGAUGGCGAGCAAGAUUCCUGACCCAGAUGAUGCUAAACUGCCAGAUACCACAGUUCAUAUAAAAGAUCGGAAGCAUCUACCUUGGCCAAAAUGGGAAGAAUGUAAAGAACAACGCCGCACCAACUUCCAGGAGUUCACAAGCACUUGGCUCUCGGUCACUGUCAAAGAUAUCAAUCUUGCUGAUUACUUGGACUUUGAAACACGAAUUAAGAGAAACUUCAUUGAGCCUGAAUGUGCUACAAACUUUGGUGCAUCUGCCCACACACUGGACCACCUUGAAGGCAUAUCUCAGAGAAAACACCUCAAAUAUUCCCCUGAACUUGGCCUCAAAAAGGUUUUACAAGAAUUGGGGAAAGAAUCUCAGCCAACUGAUGUCAUGGCAACGAGGAUAGCUAGAGCUCUUAAUGAGACUCCUGACUCAUGGGUGCUUGCAAAUCUUGCUGCUCUGUACUGGAGAGUGGAGGGGGUGGCGGAAAAGGCAGUGGAUUGUCUUAGACUGGCAUUGCACCAUGCUCCAGAUGACAUGAAGGAUAUUACACUUGUGAGUUUAGCAAACAUCUUACAUAAAUCAGGACACUUGAAUGAUGCAGUGAUUGUCACAAACAUGGCCCUUGAUAUAUCUCCCCAUCUUGUGGUUAUUCACUUCACUAUGGCUAACAUAUAUGCUGCAAAGAGCAACUGGGAGAAGUCAACAAUGUUUUACGAGUCAACAAUGAGUUUACAAGAGACAUUUGCUCCAGCUAGGGCCAGGUUGCGCUCAAUCAUGUGUAAUAAGGUUCUCAGCAAUCCACAUAUCUUUAAGAAGUCCCGAAAGACCACUUAGGAGUCAUGUUAAAAUAAUUUGCGUUAUUUGAUUUUUUGACCCCUUACAUUGGAUAGACUGUACAGUGUACAAUCAAUAAGAGAUAGUCCCAUUGCGUAAAUGUGAUAUUGUUUAAUUUGUAUGCUUGUUUAGUUCAUGAAAAGUAUGAAUAUUUAAUUCAAUACAGAAUUUAGUCUGUAUAUUUAUCAACGUGCAAGGAACAAUGUCUAUGUUAUAUAGAUGCCUCCCACGUUUGUGGUCCACUUAUUUUUGUCACACAGUAACAUAUUGAAAUAGACAGAUUUUUGUUUUUAAAUUAUAUUUUAAAGUAUUUAUUGCACUGUCUGUAAGAAUGGCACGGGUUGAGGGACAGAAAGUAUGAUUUAUGUUGUUUGUACCAUUGGUUGUUUGUUAUUAGUUGGCUGCUUAUGUCAAUAAAGAUUAACUUUCAGAAGAACAACUAAAAAACAUCCAACCACAUAAUAUGAAAUGUAAGAAAUCUUUUAAAGAUUUUGACUAACCAAAACUUUAAACUCCAAAAGGUAACAGAUCAUUCCAAAAGUGGUGCUUGGAUAUUCUGGUCAGUUUACAUUGGUGCUGUAUGCUUUAGACAGUUUUACACUAACACAAGCUUAUUUAUUCACACAGGUAGCUUUUGAUGAUUUUCAGUGGAUGUUUUAAGCUCACAUGGGCAAACCUUUGGUGGCUCAUCGUUGAUCCUCAAAUGGUUUUACUUCCAAAAUGUCUUAUGAGGUCUCUUUAGGAUAUAAAUUGAUCACAGUUGUGCUUUAGGUCAGGCUAAGUGUCCAAAUUUGGGUUAGGCUACAAAUAGUAUCAGUUAACAGCUUAAAAGAGUUGAUUUUUUAUAGCCUAUUGGUAUUUAUCAACUUUUUGGACACUUUUCUUGAAAUAUUUUAAGCUGCCACUUUUAUUGAAAGACCAUCUCCAUGUGAGCCAAGUGCCAACGUUUAUGUUUAGAAAAACAUCAAGUCAGCCAAUAUUUCUUGUCAGUAUUUAAUUUAUUAUUAAUUUAUGCCUACAUUGUAUUUUGUAAUUUUUGUUUUGGCAGAAAGAUAAAGCACUGCACUGCAGUCAGACAGUUUUGCCUGAGAUUGCAUGAGACCCUUCACAUGGGAAGGGAUUGAGGUUUUAAAAUUAAAAUUUGGCUAUCAAAUUCUUUAGCUGGGGAGCAACCUAGUGAGUCAAUUUCCCUAUCUUGGAGAAUAAUAAUAACUGCUCAAAUAAU